AUAAUCAUUUGUAAUCAGUAAGUAGUAACAACUAUAAGUGCAACUAUGUCUGAAACGAAGAAAAUUUAAAAUACUACCUGGUACUUGCUUAUAAAUACAAUUUUGUGUAUACAAUUUUUAUUUUUAUCGAAACUGAAGUCCAAAGAAAAAUAUUUGCUCAUGAUUUUGACUAUAAGUAGUUUGUUGAUGAUGUUUGCUAAUCUCAUGCAACAAACAAAAAAAAUUAUUCAAGAGAAGUAUUUAAAAAAUGACAGUGGAAAUACAACGGCUACUACAAUUGAAAUCGAAGCUACAGAUGAACAACUCGAAGAGAAAACACAAGAAUUGAAGGACCAAAUCUUUGAUAUUAUUAGAACAAUUAAGGAUCCUGAAAAACCUUCUACACUAGAAGACCUUAAUGUUGUGUAUGAAAAUGGAGUGGAGGUAAUUAAUCAAAGAAACUUGAAAUUGUAUACAGUCCGAAUUGAAUUUAACCCUACAGUACCACAUUGCAGUUUAGCUACUUUAAUUGGGCUUAGCAUAAGAAUUAAAGUUAUAAGAUCUAUUUUGGAGAAUGUUAAAUUGGAUAUAUAUAUUAAAGAAGGUGCUCACACAACUGAAGAAGAAAUUAACAAACAAAUAAAUGAUAAAGAACGUGUUGCAGCUGCAAUGGAAAAUCCAAGUUUAAGAGAUGUAGUGGAAAAAUGUAUAAAAGAAGAAGAAUAAAAAUUAAGUUUUAAGUAUAUAUUAUGUGUAAUAUAUAUAUUGAAAGUUUAUACGAUGGUGUAUGCCUUUUUAAUGAUCUUUUUAAGUAAAUUGUA